AUGGCGGGUGGGGGCCGGGCUGCCUCUGCCUCUGCUGACCUUGUGCCGGGUGCCCCUCUCUCCACAGCUCUCUGCAACUACGAUGCCAGAGGCCUUGAUGAGCUCUCUCUGCAGAUAGGCGACAGAGUGCAUAUCCUGGAGACCUGUGAAGGCUGGUACAGAGGCUACACCUUAAGGAAGAAGUCCAAGAAGGGAAUCUUUCCUGCUUCAUACAUCCAUCUGAAAGAAGCCAUCGUCGAAGGAAAAGGGCAGCAUGAGACGGUCAUCCCAGGAGACCUCCCGCUCAUCCAAGAGGUCACCACCACCCUCCGGGAGUGGUCCACCAUCUGGAGGCAGCUCUACGUGCAAGACAACCGCGAGAUGUUCCACAGCGUGAGGUACAUGAUCUAUGACCUGAUCGAGUGGCGGUCACAGAUCCUGUCUGGAACGCUGCCCCAGGAUGAGCUCAAGGAGCUGAAGAAGAAGGUGACGGCCAAGAUCGAUUACGGAAACAGAAUUCUCGACCUGGACCUGGUGGUGAGAGACGAAGAUGGGAACAUUCUGGACCCGGAACUCACGAGCACGAUCAGUCUCUUCCGAGCCCACGAGAUUGCGUCCAAGCAGGUGGAAGAGAGGCUGCAGGAGGAGAAGUCGCAGAAGCAGAACAUGGACAUUAACCGACAAGCCAAGUUUGCGGCCACCCCGUCUCUGGCUUUGUUUGUCAACCUCAAGAACGUGGUCUGUAAGAUCGGGGAGGACGCUGAGGUGCUCAUGUCUCUCUACGACCCCGUGGAGUCCAAGUUCAUCAGUGAGAACUACCUGGUUCGCUGGUCAAGCUCCGGAUUGCCGAAAGACAUAGACCGCUUACAUAAUCUGCGAGCCGUCUUCACGGACCUGGGGAGCAAAGACCUGAAGAGGGAGAAGAUCAGCUUCGUGUGUCAGAUUGUGCGCGUGGGCCGCAUGGAGCUGAAGGACAGCAACACCAGGAAGCUGACCUCUGGCCUGCGCAGGCCUUUCGGCGUUGCUGUGAUGGAUGUGACGGACAUCAUAAACGGGAAAGUGGACGAUGAAGACAAGCAACACUUCAUCCCCUUCCAGCCGCUCGCGUUGGACGACGCCAUUCGACACAAGCCGCUCAACAUGUCAUCCCGUUUUUCACCCAGGGUGGCAGGGGAGAAUGACUUCCUUCAGACUGUUAUAAACAAAGUCAUUGCUGCCAAAGAAGUCAACCACAAGGGCCAGGGACUGUGGGUGACACUCAAGCUGCUGCCUGGGGACAUCCACCAGGUCAGGAAAGAGUUCCCCCACCUGGUGGACAGGACCACAGCCGUGGCCCGGAAGAUGGGCUUCCCCGAGAUCAUCAUGCCCGGUGAUGUUCGCAAUGACAUCUACGUCACGCUGGUUCAAGGCGACUUUGACAAAGGGAGCAAGACGACGGCCAAGAACGUGGAGGUGACCGUGUCUGUGUUUGACGAGGAGGGGAAGCGGCUGGAGCACGUCGUGUUCCCGGGCGCCGGCGAUGAGGCCAUCUCCGAGUACAAGUCCGUCAUCUACUACCAGGUCAAGCAGCCGCGCUGGUUUGAGACUCUGAAGGUGGCCAUUCCCAUCGAGGACGUGAACCGCAGCCACCUCCGCUUCACCUUCCGCCACCGCUCCUCGCAGGACUCGAAGGACAAGUCGGAGAAGAUCUUCGCUCUGGCGUUCGUGAAGCUGAUGCGUUACGACGGGACCACCCUGCGCGACGGGGAGCACGACCUCAUCGUCUACAAGGCGGAAGCCAAGAAGCUGGAGGACGCGGCCACGUACCUGAGCCUGCCGUCCACCAAGGCCGAGCUGGAGGAGAAGGGCCACUCGGCCACGGGCAAGGGCCUGCACAGCCUGGGCAGCUGCCCCAUCAGCAAGGACUCCUUCCAGAUCUCCACGCUCGUCUGCUCCACGAAGCUCACCCAGAACGUGGACCUGCUGGGGCUCCUCAAGUGGCGUUCCAACACCAGCCUGCUGCAGCAGAACCUCAGACAGCUGAUGAAGGUGGACGGCGGGGAGGUGGUGAAGUUCCUCCAGGACACCUUGGACGCCCUCUUCAACAUCAUGAUGGAGAAUUCCGAGAGCGAGACGUUUGAUACUCUGGUGUUUGAUGCGCUGGUCUUCAUCAUUGGCCUCAUCGCUGAUAGGAAGUUCCAACAUUUCAACCCGGUUUUGGAAACCUACAUUAAGAAACACUUCAGUGCCACGUUAGCCUACAC